AAGAAUGAAGUUCAGACAGGGUAACUCGAACAUAAAUGAAGACAGUGAAGCAGAAACACGAUAAUAAAAAGAGGAGAUGAAAUGAAAGUAAAAAGGAAUAAGUAAUUAACAUAGCCAGAAAAUCACAAAACCGGAGAGGAAGAAGAAGAAAAAGCAAAACGAUGAAGAGGAAGAAGGAAGAUGAGUAAUAUUCAAAACAAAGGAAUAAGACGAAAUGGAUGCAAAGGAAUAAAUAAUUAGCAUAGCAUUAAAAAUCACAAAACCGGAGAGGAAGAAGAAGAAAAAGCAAAACGAUGAAGAGGAAGAAGGAAGACGAGUAAUAUUCAAAACAAAGGAAGCAUGGAGAGGAUAAUGACGAUGGAGAGAGGAAGGCAUUCAAGGUCAGGUUACGAAGAGACAAGAGAGAGAGAGAGAGAGAGAAAGGGGGAGGAAGGGACAAGGGACACUAGUAUAAAAGGAAGGGUAAGUUACCUGUGCAAUCUACAUAAACUUCAGACAGGUGCAUGUGAAGUUCUCCUCCAUCUUCUACUCCUUCACAAUUACGAUGAGACUGUUCUUAUUGUGGUGCCUCCUGCUGGCGCUGACGGUGGCGGGUGUGGUGGGUAAGCCGAGCAGUCACGGCCACAAACACAAGGAACACAGCGGGGAGAGACACAAGGGCGGCAGUAUGAGUAUGGAGCACUCAAUGGAGGAUAUGAAGCACAAGAUGGGCCCUCACUCUCUUCCUAUGGUGUUCCAGAGGGUACACGCAAUGCACCUGUGCCAAAUGAAGCCAGAGGAGGAGAACUGUACAGCCCGCGUUCGCCACUGCAUGCGUUGGCUGAACAUAGGAAUGGGUAGUGGACAAGAUUUCCUUCCUUCUGAUGUGUGUGAGCCCGACCAAGAGGACUGCUUUAUGAUGCACAUGAAAUGUCUUCACCUCCUCGUGCCGGCAGAGGGCACCCCGCGACUGUCCCCAGCAACUGUAAUAUGUGCGGUACAGGACCAGCCAAACUGCCUUCACCGUAUGGAGGACUGUGUGAAUAUGGUAUACCCUAGUCUGGCUGCCCCAUUCGUGCCUCCUGAAGGCGAGAUGAUGUGCCAUGCAGAGGACGAGGCGUGCAUUCAAAUGAUCAAUGAAUGCAGACACAUGAUGCUGCCCUUCACGGAGAUGCUGGCAAACAUGGAAGCUGCUAUGGAGCCAAUGCCUGAAGAAGAACCAAUGCCUGAAGGAGAACCCAUGCCCGAAGGAGAACCCAUGCCUGAAGGAGAACCCAUGCCUGAAGAAGAACCCAUGCCUAUGCCACCAGCUUGUAUGGAGUUCAUGAGAGAAUGCAUGAUGUUGAUGAAACCAGGUCCAGAUGGUCCUCUCUCAGAGGCCGAGGCGUGCAGGGACAUGGAGGGCGAGACUUGUUCCUCUAAGUACGAAUCAUGCAACGCUCUCAUGAACCGACCAGAAGUAGCGCCACCAAUGGAGGAUAUGCCAACAAUUCCCGCACUCUGCUCCGAUAUCGGCACGAAUCAAAUGACAGAGUGUCUACCCAAGGCUAUGAUGUGUCUGAAGAAGCUACGCCCGAUGCCACACAUCAAACACAACAUGACCCAGUGCCUGACGCAUUCCUCCCCCUGCCCCAUGCCACCAACCACUCCAGAGGCCCACAUGAAGAUAAAGAAGUGUCUGGAACCUACCCUUCGUGCACACGUCGGAGGGGCAAUGGACGUUCCGCUGACGAUGGCGCAGCUGGGGGAGAGCACCGGCCAUGCCUCCCUCGAUGCCUACAACGCCUGCUUCGAGGGCCACACAAUGAUGGACAUCAUGCACUGCGCGGUGAAACAAUGCACUAUGGACCAUAUGGCGGACAUGUGAGGCCGCGUGCACCGUCCUAGACUGCGCAGAGGGUCGUGGCGUGAGAGGCGUACAGGAAGUGAGAAGGGACGGGGGGAGAAACAGUAAUAAAUCCAAAACUGCAAUUA